AGCGGGCGGGCAGUGAUGGCGGCGGCGGCAGCGGGACCAUGCGGCCUCCGGGCUCUGCUCCUCCUCUUCCUCCUGGCCGCGCUGGCCACCGGCGUCGCGGGGACAACUGGCUUUAUAAAGUCACCGCUGUCUCAAAAGAGACUGACUCAGGACAGCGUGGAGCUGUACUGCGAGGCCAUUGGCACCCCCAUCCCCGAGAUCCAGUGGUGGUUUGAGGGCAACGAGCCCAAUGAGACCUAUGCUCAGCUCUGGGACGGAGCACGGCAGGACCGGGUCAGGAUCAACGCCACCUACAACCUGCACUCCACCAGCACCAUCUCCAUCACCAACCUCACCGGCAACGACUCGGGCACGUACGAGUGCCGGGCCAGCAAUGACCCCGACCGCAACCACUUGUCCAAGAGCCCCAAAGUCAAGUGGAUCCGUUCGCAGGCGAACGUGUUUGUCAUCGAACGUCCGGACAUCAGAGCUCAAGUCACCGGUGUUUCUGGGAAGCUGGUCCUGGCCUGCAACAUGACUGGGCAGUAUCUUCCCAUCCAGGGCCACGAGUGGACGCACGGGGACAAGGUCCUCCAAACGGAUGCGGACGCCAGCGCUUUCACCAGCUACACGAUCGAGGGGAAGAUGGAAGAGCACUCCGGUGUCUAUGAGUGCGUCUACAAAACAAACCCAGUGAUAAAAGGACAUCUGAAUAUCUCAGUUCCACCCCAAGUGACGGCGUACAAGAAGUCCGAGCACGGCAACGAGGGGGACACGGGAGUGCUGGUCUGCAAGUGCAGCUCGUUCCCUCCUGUCACCUCGUGGGUCUGGUACAGGCAUGGCCAAGAUCCCAUCAUCAAUGGAUCUGGGCGCUACAUCAUCAAGUCCAGUGGCAACAAGACAGAGUUACGCAUCCUGAAGCUGAACAUUGAGGAGGACUCGGGUGAUUACCACUGCAAUGCAACCAAUGCCUACGGGCAGGGCAGCGCCACGGUGAGCCUGCGCGUCCGCAGCCGCCUCGCAGCGCUCUGGCCCUUCCUGGGCAUCGUGGCAGAAGUCCUUGUUCUCGUCACCAUCAUCUUCAUCUAUGAGAAGAGGAGGAAGCCGGAUGAGGUUCUUGAUGAUGAUGAUGGAGGCUCUGCACCACUGAAAAGCAAUGCCACAAACCACAAGGACAAGAACGUCCGCCAGAGAAACGCGAACUGAGAGCAGGGGCCAGGUGAUGUGCAGCUGAAGAACUCAUCUGGAUAACUUUUGUUUUCUUCUAAUCCUCUUGUCGGGGCAGGGGGGGUAAAAUAGCAGCAGGAGAUACCCCCGAGCAUCCUCACAGCGCAGAUCCUUCACUUCCUAAAGAGAUUGCAGUUGUAGAACCUAAAAUACACUUUUUCUUCUUUUUUUU